AUGCAUCAACUAACCACCGAGCCGAGCUACAACACCAAACCACCUCCUCUUCCUCUGCCUCCAACACCUUUCCUCACGUGCGCUGAGCCUCCGAUUACAAGGCUCGGUCGCCCUUGGUCACUGCUGUCUUCCUUGCCCAGAUUUCCUUUCCUCCUUCGCCAUUACCAACCUCAAACCACAGUCACAUCAUCCAUCCCCAAGGCAGCCAUGGCAUCUCUCCCACCACAACGCCCCGCCUCACAACGUAGAGCCUCACCACCCGCCGAAUCUUCAUCGUCACGGCAAGAAAAUGUUGCGAGAACAAACAGUUUCUCAGCGCAGUCGGUGGAUUCCCAGACGCUUUUGCUGAACUCACCGCCGUCGGAACAAGCCACACCCGCAGUAGAGGCACAGAGAGAGGCGCAGAAAGAGGCGCUAGCACAAAGCGCUGUAAGGCCGCCAGUAGAAGAGGAGGAUAUCAAAAAGUGCUGGAUAUGUUUCAACGAUGAGACGGAGGAUGACGAUACAUCGUCAGAGUGGCGGUCGCCGUGCUCGUGUUCAUUGGUGGCGCAUGAGAAGUGCUUGCUGGAUUGGAUCGCAGAUAUGGAGGCGCCAAGUUCAAGAAGGAGGGCUGGCACACGCGCGUCCAAAGUGCUGUGUCCGCAGUGUAAGACCGAAAUUGUCAUAGCGCGACCGAGGAGUUAUGUGGUGGAGGCCGUGAGGUCAGUGGAGCGAUUCACGGGGUCCUUGUUACUACCUGGCUUUGCGCUGGUCACGGGCACGGCGCUAUAUUCCACAUUAGCGCUGUCGGGAACACAUACGAUAUAUCAAAUCUUUGGAACAGAGGACGCGCUGCAGAUUCUAGGACCACUGUACGAGACACCCAAUCCCAUGAUUGGAUCUGUGGCGAUACGAACGCUGCAGCAUUUGAAAGACCAUUGGAGGUUGGACCUUGGCCUGCCACUUAUCCCGACCGUUCUCGUCGCCAGCAGGACUACAUUUGCCGACUCCUUCCUACCCUUCCUACCUCUGAUCUUCUUUGUCAGCUCAGGCCGGCCAGGCGACGACAUGCUGCAGUUGCAAUGGCCACCAAGUGCAGCCUUCACCUUUGCCGCAUUACCCUAUCUCCGAGGCUUCUACAACGCAUACUACGACCGCGUCUGGCUCCCACGAGAACAACAAUGGCUAAAGGAAAUCCAACCGCGGGCAGGAGAGGACGCCAACGCAGAAGCUGAACACGACCACGACCACGACCAUGACCAUGACCAUGACCACGAUCACGUUCACGAACACGUUCACGACGGCGAGAUCAUAAAUGAAGUCGAGAUAGAAGUCGACUUUGACAUCUUUGCCGACUGGAAUAACGGUGGCGACGCACAAGCACAAGCCCACCCCAUCAACGCACCACCCCAAGAUGACAACGCCAUUCCAGACCUCAUUGACGCCAACCAAGCACAACAGGAACAACAAGAUGCCGCUGCACCAGCUCCCAACGUCCCCCUCCAACCAGCUGCCCCACGCCACCAACGCGCCCGCGCUCUUAAUCGCGCUUACUCUACUUCCUCCAUCGCCGACACCAUUCUCGGCGCGCUCAUCUUCCCUACCAUCGCCGCUGCCAUGGGCGAAUUACUCAAGCACACGCUUCCGUCAUCAUGGGUCACGCCGCCCGCGGGAACACCGGCGAUAUCAUGGCUGGGUGGGUGGGUGAAUACGAGUGGACGGCAGGGCAAAGCGACGGGCUUUUUGCAGACGCGCUGGGGGAGAAGUAUUGUGGGUGGUUGUUUGUUUGUUGGACUUAAAGAUGCGGUCUUGCUCUAUGUUAGGUGGAAGAUGGCGCAGAAUCAUCGGCGGAGGAAGAUAGUGGAUUUUGAUCGCAAGAAGGGCGCGGUUGGGGGUGGGGUUUAG